ACCAGAAUGUCCACUGAUGGAGGGUUUGGCAGUACCAGCAGCAGUGAUGCUCAGCAGAGCCUCCCACUCCUUUGGCCUCGUGUCAUGGAAGAACUCCGAAAGUUGACAGUGAAAGAUUUCCGUGAGCAGGAGCUUCCACUAGCUCGUAUUAAGAAGAUCAUGAAACUGAAUGAAGAUGUAAAGCUGAUAAGCGCUGAAGGCCCUGUGCUUUUCCGCCGGUGCCAGAUAUUCAUCACUGAUUUGACAUUGCGGGCCUGGAUCCACAUAGAAGACAACAAACGCCGGACUCUCCAGAGAAAUGACAUUGCCAUGGCGAUUACAAAAUUUGACCAGUUCGACUUUCUCAUCGACAUUGUUCCAAGAGAUGAACUAAAACCUCCCCAAGCGUCAGCAGGAGGUGCGCAGUCUGUGACUCCUGCGGAGCACGUCCUGUACUACUUCACGUUUGGCCUAACAGUCGGCGGCGCCCGUCCAGGGCAAGGCCAGCCGACUGGCCAGCAGACCACCACCUCUACUACCACCAUCCAGUCAGGACAGAUCAUCAUUGCCCAGCCUCAGCAGGGCCAAACCACCCCAGUGACAAUGCAGGUUGGAGAAGGCCAGCAGGUGCAGAUUGUCCAUGCCCAGCCCCAGGGCCAGACGCAGAGAGUGCCAGCCUCUUCUGGAACUACUCUGAGGUACACCACCUCACUGCUCUCCAAGUGUAUAAUAUGA